AUGUGCGUACAGAAGGUUAUUAAGGAAAAAUUAAGUGCAGCCUUAAAACCAACAUUCCUAGAGCUGAUUGAUAAAUCAUGUGGUUGUGGGACGUCAUUUGAUGCUGUAAUAGUUUCGAACAAUUUUACUGAUAAAAGAUUAUUAGACAGACAUAGACUAGUUAACGAUGUUAUAAAAGAUGAAUUACAAAACAUACAUGCCUUUUCAAUGAAAUGUCAUACUCCUGCUGAAUACGACAAAAUAAAAAGUACAUAA